GCAGGCUGGUUUGUCCCGGGAUUAUGGCUCAGGUCCUGGCCGAUGUUAGCUGGAAGGUGCUCGAGUUAAGGGCCAGAUCUAAACGCUCAGCUCUAACAUUUUAAUUUCACGGUGAUUGCCCCUAACAACUACUAAUCGAUUGUGGGAAUUGCUGUAGUUUAGCCUGAGAAGUUUGUGAUUUGAUGCAACCAAUUGAAAUGGCCAAUUCUGUCGACAAGGCGGUUUCCUUCUCGCCAACAUUCUUAAGGUCUGGGAAGGAAUCCUAUGGCUCCGUGUAUGAACCAAUUAAGAGCUCGGACCUACCCAGGCCAGACCAUGAAAGCCUGUGGGAAAAAUUAGAUCGGUAUUAUAGGAUUGUGAAAAUCACAGUGUUGAAUUAUCAGAGUCCACAAACUGGUUUGUUCCCGACCAAAACUGCUGGUGACUUUAAGAACGCGAAGAUCCAUGACAGUCUAUACUGUGCUGCCAGCGCCUGGGCCCUCGCUCUUGCAUACAGGCGCAUUGAUGAUGACAAGGGAAGAACCCAUGAGCUGGAGCAUUCUGCUAUAAAAUGUAUGAGAGGAAUUCUGUACUGUUACAUGCGGCAGGCUGAUAAGGUUGAGCAGUUUAAACAGGAUCCAAGUCCACAAAAAUGCCUUCAUUCUAUAUUCAAUAUAGACAAUGGAGAUGAGAUAUUAUCCUAUAACGAUUAUGGACAUAUACAGAUAAACGCAGUGUCACUUUUCCUUUUGUAUCUUGUUGAGAUGAUAUCAUCUGGACUACAGAUAAUCUACAAUACAGAUGAGGUGUCGUUCAUUCAGAACCUUGUAUUCUGUGUAGAAAGAGCAUACCGUGUUCCUGACUUUGGAAUCUGGGAAAGGGGCAGCAAGUAUAACAAUGGCAGCACAGAACUACAUUCCAGUUCUGUUGGUUUGGCUAAAGCUGCCCUUGAAGCCAUUGAUGGAUUCAACCUUUUUGGAAACCAGGGCUGCUCUUGGUCUGUCAUCUUUGUGGAUCUUGAUGCUCAUAACAGGAACAGGCAAACUCUGAGUUCAUUGCUUCCCAGAGAGUCCCGAUCCCAUAACACAGAUGCAGCCCUCCUUACCUGUAUCAGUUACCCUGCAUUUGCUGUUGAUGAUGAUGCUCUGUUUAACCAAACACUGGAUAAAAUAGAACGUAAGCUUAAAGGAAAAUAUGGCUUUAAGCGAUUUCUAAGGGAUGGUUAUCGGACUGCACUAGAAGAUGAAAACAGACGGUACUACAAACCUGCUGAAAUCAAGCUAUUUGAUGGAAUUGAAUGUGAAUUCCCUUUGUUUUUUAUCUACAUGAUCAUUGAUGGUGUGUUCAGAGGGAAAGCUGAGCAAGUGAAAGAAUAUGAAGCACUCUUAGAUCCUGUGCUAUUUUAUGGACUUGAUGGCUGUCCCGUGGUUCCAAAAUAUUACUAUGUGCCUGCUGAUUUUGUUGAAGCAGAGAAGAUGAACCCAAACAGCCAAAAGAGAUUUCCUAGCAACUGUGGGCGAGAUGGAAAACUCUUCCUCUGGGGACAAGCUCUGUACAUUAUUGCUAAACUGCUGGCCGAAGAAUUAAUAAGUCCAAAAGACAUUGAUCCAAUGAACCGUUUUGUUCAUCUUCGGGAUCAGCGAAACAUCAGAAUGCGGUACUCUAACCAGGGCCCCUUAGAAAAUGAUGCCAUGAUACAUGUGGCACUGAUAGCUGAAAGCCAACGAUUGCAGGUUUUUCUCAACACUUAUGGCAUCCAAACCCAGACCCCACAGCAAGUGGAACCUAUUCAGAUAUGGCCUCAGCAAGAACUUGUGAAGGCUUAUCUUCACUUAGGAGUAAAUAACAAGUUGGGGCUUUCUGGAAGGCCUGACAGGCCAAUUGGAUGCCUUGGCACAUCAAAGAUUUAUCGUAUUCUUGGGAAGACCGUUGUUUCCUACCCUAUUGUCUUUGAUUUAAGUGACUUUUACAUGUCACAGGAUGUGAUGCUUCUGAUCGAUGACAUACAGAAUGCUUUGCAGUUCAUUAGGCAGUAUUGGAAAAUGAAUGGACGUCCCUUGUUUUUGGUUCUCAUUCGGGAAGAUAACAUCAGGGGAAGUCGAUUUAAUCCAAUCUUAGACAUGUUGGCUUCCUUUAAGAAUGGAAAUGUGGCCGGUGUGAAGGUUCAUGUGGACAGACUGCAGACCUUAAUAUCCGGUGCAGUGGUUGAGCAGCUGGAUUUCUUGAGGAUCAAUGAGACAGAGGAGGUGCCUGAAUUCAAAAGUUUUGAAGAGCUUGAAGUACCGAAACAUUCAAAGGUUAACAGGCAAGCAAGCAUCCCUAUUGCAGAUAUGGAGCAUCAGCCAGAAAUAAACAUGGGAGAAUGGAAACUCAAACCAACCUAUGAGGUUCUCGAGAAACUAAAUGACUGCACCUGCCUGGCAAGCCAGGCCAUCUUACUAAGUAUCUUACUGAAGAGAGAAGGACCUCAUUUUAUAACCAAGGAAGGUACUGUCUCUGAUUUUAUGGCAAGAAUCUAUAGAAAAGCUGGAAGCAAUAAACUGUGGUUUGUGGUUCGUUACACUGCGGCCUUCACACAGAAAUUAGCUUCCUCUAUAGCACCACAAAUUACCACCAUACUGGUACAUGGGAAGCAGGUAACACUGGGAGUCUUUGGCCACGAGGAAGCGGUUAUUUCCAAUCCCUUGUCUCCAGGAGUGAUCAAGGAUAUCCUCUACAAAAAGUGCAGCCCCUAUGAUGAGCGAGAGGCUGUGCUGCAACAAGAGCUAGUUAUUCACAUUGGCUGGAUUAUCUCCAACACACCAGAGCUUUUCAGCGGAAUGUUAAAGAUACGGGUCGGAUGGAUUGUGCAUGCAAUGAGGUAUGAACUGAAGAUCCGCAGUGGAGAUCAGCUAGAAAGGGACAUCUACCAGCUGUCUCCAGGAGAAAUCAAAGAGCUUCUCCUGUACAUACUUCAGCCACAGCAGCAAGGAAGAUGUUGGCUUCAUCGAAGGCAGUUAGAUGGAUCCCUAAACCGAAACCCAUCUGGCUUCUACGACAGAGUCUGGCAGAUCCUGGAGAGGACACCCAGUGGUAUCAUAGUUGCUGGCAAAUUUCUACCCCAACAACCAACUCUGUCUGACAUGACAAUGUAUGAGAUGAACUUCUCCCUUCUGGUAGAAGACAUGUUACAGAACAUCGCCCAGCCUGAAUAUCGACAAAUUGUUGUUGAGCUGCUAAUGGUUGUUUCUGUUAUCCUGGAGAGAAACCCGGAGUUUGAAUUUCAAGAUAAAGUUGAUUUAGACAAACUAGUCAAAGAGGCAUUUAAUGAUUUCCAGCAAGACCAGAGCAGACUUCAGGGAGCGGAGAAGCAGGAUGACAUGACGAUGUUUUACAAUACUCCCCCACUGGGCAAGCGAGGGACCUGCAGCUACCUGACAAAAGCAGUGAUGAAUAUGCUGCUGGAAGCUGAAGUCAAGCCAAGUACUGAGGACCCUUGCAUUGUUAGCUAGAGAUUCUCUGAGAGCAAACAAUGAGCCUCAACAUCAGCUUUAACGCUUUCCUAUCAUUUAUAAGGAAGUGGAAAACGCUCCCUGUAUCGCUGAUGUUUUCAAAGUAGGAGUUUUUAUGGAAGAGAACUUUUGAGGUUUAUAGUUUUUGGCAGCUAAUGUAGUUAUACUGGAUACAUGCUUGAUGCCUAAAAGAUAAUAUAUGAAGAAACUCCAUAAUUUAAUAUUGUAUGCUGUAGCUUGUAAAUGUGUGGGCUGUGAGAGAAACCUGCAUAAACCCAGCAG